UAUGGGGAGACUUUACGAUUGCCCUACCACUAGUGGUACGGCGGAAGCCUCUCCAUACAAGUUUUAUAUCGUCACACUACCACUGUUUUUCUCCAACCAUAUUUGGUUUCCUGAUAGCGCGAACCUGCAAAAUGGAUAGUCAAACUAUGAGCUCAACUGAGAAUUCAAACCCUGUUGUCUUUUUUGACAUCACUCUAGGUGGGGAGUCACUGGGACGUAUCAAAAUGGAACUUUUUACCACUAUAACGCCACGAACAGCAGAGAAUUUUCGCCAGUUCUGCACAGGAGAAAGCAAAAGUCCCCAAGGACGGCCACAGGGAUACAAGAAUAGCAAAUUUCAUAGAGUUAUCAAGGACUUCAUGAUUCAGGGCGGUGACUUUGUCAAUGGCGAUGGCACAGGUUCUUGUACCAUCUAUGGCACAUCACGAUUUUCGGAUGAAAAUUUCGUUUUGAAGCAUGACCGUCCAGGGCUACUAAGCAUGGCAAAUUCUGGACCCAACACAAAUGGCUGCCAAUUCUUCAUUACAACUACUGCGACGCCAUUCCUAAACAAUAAACAUGUGGUGUUUGGACAAGUAGUGGAAGGAAUGGACGUUGUGCGAAUGAUUGAAAACACUCGUACAACUAGGGAUAAACCUAAUCAAGAUGUGACCAUCAUUCAGUGCGGGGAGAUGUGAUACUUGAUCAAAAGGCCGUUUCGAGCCCUAAGAUGUUUGAAGUGGAUUCCCAUAUGCCCAAGCAACGAAGAAGCCAUUACUUGUAGUGACCUUCUUGAGCUCUAUCCAUAGCACUUGACACACCUAUAAGCUCUCUUGCCAUACUUUUCUUUUCCCCUCCUUGUCCUCACAAGCCAGUAGUGUCACAAUUUAU